AUGGAAGCAUUGUGGAAUCUGGAGGACAAAUGGAAGCUGACAACCCAAGAAGCAAUUCUCUUAUUUGUGUGCUCUGCCUUUGCCGUCAUCGGGCUCUGCGCUGCUACAAUGCUUAAGAGGAAGGCCCAAAGAAAGCAAAGAGCAGUGAGCCAAGACCCAAGCACAGAUAGCUCAAUAAGAUGGUCUGAGCUUGAGUCUGGUUCUCAUAAUUGGAUCACAGUAAGAAGGGUGUUGAUGGAGUCAAUGAGGUGGAGUGGCGCAAACAAAUGGGAGGAGACAAGCAGUGGGAGUGGGAAUGGGAUUGGGAGAGAGAUACUAGCGCCAUCAUCACCACCACCGCUUCUUGAGUUAGAAAGGUGUGAGUCAAGUAUGGGGUGGCAAAGCCAUAACUCAUUGUCACCAGUGUGGCAGAGGCCUAUACUCAUGGGGGAGAAAUGUGAGCUUCCAAGGUACAGUGGGCUCAUUCUCUAUGAUGAAAGAGGUCGGCUACUUGAUCGUUCUCGUAAAGAAAAUAUUGACGAGGAAGAACCAGCAUGUGUUCUAAGGACUGCUCUGAAGGAUUUGCUAUAG